UUUGGCGUUGUGUUUUCUUCCUUCUGGAUGUUGUUUCUUCUGGGACUGUUUAGGUUGCAUUAACAUUUACUGGAGAAAAUCAAAGGUGUUACUGUUAAUGUUACAUUUUUUCCGUGUCGAGAGUUGACCAAUUUGAUACUGGCAAAAAGCAUACGUCUAUCGGUUACCGUUUUCAUAUUUUAAAAUAUCGAUUCUAGCCUUCUAGGUCUUCCAGACUCUUGCUUGAUAGGACAGCCUCAAUGGUUUCGACUGGAUGUAAUCCCUGAUAUCGCGAGCUGCAUCGUCCAGAGCAGGAAAUAUGGCAGAAGAAGAGCAGCAGGACUUCUCCAAGCUCGAUAUUGACGAUCUCAUUAAGCAUAAAAACUGGAAAGCCAGAGUGACUGGAUUCGACAAGCUGAUCAAGGAACUGGGACAGCAUGAACCAGAAGAUGCCAUCUUUAAACAAACAGCCCCGAAUGUCAAAAACUUUGUGCAGGACUCAAAUCCUUCUGCACAUGAGAGGGGACUUGAUGCAGCCCGUACUUUUAUUGAUCUGGCCCCUUCCAGUAUGGUAGGAAAGAUCUGUGCAGACGUUGUGGCCGGGAUCGUGGCGAAAUGUUUACCAGCGCGACCAAAAACGAAAGAAAAAGGCAUCGAAAUUAUUUUCCUGUAUUUCGAACUGGAGAAACAGGAGCCUACUUUGGAGGAGCUGAUCAAAGGUUUGUCAAACAAGUCGCCCAAAGUGGUUUCCGGUUGUAUGACUGUGAUCCGGGACGCAUUAAAGUUAUAUGGACCCAAGAUCGUGACCUUGAAAACCAUAAUAAAAAACAUACCACCGUUUUUGGAGGAUCGUGACAAAUCUGUUCGAGAGGAGACGCGCGUUUUGUUGGUAGAAAUAUAUCGUUGGAUCGGUGAGGCUUUAAAGCCGCAGUUGCAAGGCGUCAGCCCACAACAGAUGAACGAACUGGAUGCAGAGUUCGGAAAGAACAAAGGUGUGAAAGCGGUGCCGGAGAAACUGGUCCGCUCCGAACAGGCAAAGAAGGCAGCGGCUCCUGCGGAGACUGAUGCUAGUUCAGCGCCCACUGAAGCGGAAGAAGAGACCGAAGCUGCGGCAGAGGAAAACAAAUUAGAUAACGUCGAUCCUCAGGAAGUACUGAAAAGUUUACCGGAAGAUUUCGAUACCAAACUGCAGUCUAAAAAAUGGCAGGAAAGAAAAGAAGCGCUUGACGCAUUCGAUAAGUUGUCGACUCAUCCCAAAUUAGCGGAAGGGGACUAUGGACCAGUUGUGUCCGAAUUAAAAAAGAUAAUUGGAAAGGAUUCGAACGUUUCCGUGGUCGCUGUUGCGGGGAAAUGCAUUGCUAACCUGGGUAAAGGAUUGCAGCAAAAAUUUUCUCCGUAUUCUCCCUCGUGCAUUUCUGUUAUUCUGGAGAAAUUUAAAGAAAAAAAGAGCAAUGUUGUUACUGCCAUGCGGGACGCUGUGGAUGCCUGUUUCCUUUCGACUACAUUGGAUGUCAUAGCGGAAACCAUCCUAGAAGAUUUAAGCCACAAAACCCCUAGUGUGAAAUCCGAAACCACGACGUUCCUAACACGCUGUUUCUGUAAAUUUCACCCGGAAGAUCUGCCGAAAAAGCAGCUUAAAAUUUUUGUGGAAGCUCUUAUAAAGAAUUCUAACGAUCCGGACCAGUCAGUACGCGAUUCCGCAUUUGAAGCGCUUGGUACUGCGAUGAAAGUUGUGGGAGAGAAAGCUAUCACUCCUUUUCUUACGGAUGGCAUCGAUGAACUGAAAAUGAAGAAGAUACAAGAAUUCUGUGAAAAAGCCGUGAUAACUGCACCCAAGCGAAAGAAACCGGUAGCUGCUCCAGCCAAAACGAAUGCACCCCCUGCGAACAAAACAGAAACUAGCGCGAAAUCUGGUGCAGCGGUAAAGAAAGUGGUUCGCCCUGGGCCUUCGAAAUCCGCUGCCGCACCAAAACCUGCUUCCAGCGAUCCAGAAAUAAACGAAGCUGUUGACGUUAAGGGCGGAGGCGACAGUGUGGGAUCGCAGAGUAGUCAAGCGUCCGCCGCCGCUAAAGGAAAGGCGGUAGCCGUUAAAAAGGCGGUACCGGCUGCAAAACCGAAAGCUGCCCUGAAAGAGGAGGAAACUGGUCCCGUCAUAAUUUUGAACCCAAAAGGAAAGCAGCAACGUAGCAACGAUGAAAAGGUUCUGAAGGUUCUAAAAUGGAGUUUCACUGCACCAUCGAAAGAGCUAAUUCAGCAGUUGAUGGACCAAAUGGUUCCCUGCUUCAGUCCUAAUUUGCAGAAAUGGCUGUUUAGUGACGAUUUCAAGAACCAUAUUAAGGCUAUCGAUGCGCUGCAAGCUGAUUUGAAUUUGGGGACUGAAAAUACUUUAUCUGUUCUGGAUUUGAUCCUGAAGUGGUUUAGUCUGAGAUUCUUCGAUACAAAUCCCACUGUACUGAUGAAAGCUAUGGAUUAUCUUAUUUCACUGUUUCGAAAACUGGCAGAGCAAGAUUACAAGCUUUCGGAUUUCGAAGCCAGUAGUUUCAUUCCCUAUUUGCUGCUGAAGAGUGGAGAACCGAAGGAGCCAAUUCGAGAAAAGGUCCGGGCAGUUGUCCGACAGCUUUGUGGCCUUUAUCCGUAUCCUAAAAUAUAUGCUUACCUUGCCGACGGCAUGAAGUCUAAGAAUGCUCGACAGAGAUCUGAAUGCGUCGAUCUUGCCACGACAUUGGUGGAGGCAGAUGGAAUGGAUGUGCAUGGUCCGAAUGUACCCAGCCAUCAAGCUGCUUUGAAACUCGUGGCUUCGCUGAUUGGGGAUAAAGACGCAGCUGUUCGCAACGCGGCAUUAAAUAACCUCCUGGUCGUCUACCAACUUGUCGGGGAAAAAAUUUUCAAACUAAUUGGCCAGAUAAAUGAGAAAGAUCGGAGUAUGUUGGACGAACGCAUCAAGCGGGCUCCAAAAAAGCUACCGCCGCAAAAAACGGAAUCAGUUGACAGAGUUGAAUCCAGAACGGAACCGCGAAUGACAAAGACGCAGAGUAUGCCAGUUGCCGCAACCCUGGCCGAUGACGCUUACUCCGAUGGUAUGCAGGAUGAUCCUCGUAUGUCAGUCACGUCUCCAGGUACUGCUUCCGUUAAGGCAUCUGGUUCCGAAAGCAAGCUCACAACGUCUCCUGAAAAACUUGACUCAGACCGACCGUCCACUGUUACCUUGCGCCGGACGUCCCCGCUACAACUGAAACCGAUAUCCGAAGCGUCAAUUAAAGUGGCCACAUCCAGUAUUUCCAUUCCAGCGCCAUCGGAAAGCAUGUUGGGCGCACGAAAGACGACCGGCGGAAGCAUGUCAACCCUAUUUUCCGACAUGAUGGGAAAUAACGCGGAAAAAUCAUUAGCUGCUUUGAAAAAGAUCGACGACAUCUUACACAAGAACCCCAGCGAUCCAAUGAUCGCCGAUAACAUCCUAGGACUACAUCGCAAUCUCAUAGAUUUGCUGACCAGAAUGCAUAAUCACGCCAUGUCGAAUUAUGCUACAAAUGCGGACUACAUUACAUCAUGUUACACUCACAUCUUCCAUAUCAUUCGAGCUAUUUUUGAAAAUCAGAAAUACGCUGAUUUGGCUGAUGCUGGAAUUUUGUCAGCUUUUCUCUAUCAGAUCCUGCCUGUGCUCUUGGACAAACGAAUGGAGAGGAUGAAAGGUGGUCAAGCGAUUGUCAGUUUGGCUAAUGUCAUCGUUUUACGGAUUGUUGACAAUGCUAAUCGGACGCAGAUUUUGUGCGCCUCCAUCCGCCUUCUACGAGAUCUCCUUGGAAGCGGCAUGCUAACGGAUAAAAUUUUGGACGUUGGCAUCAAGGUUGUCUGGCGGUGUGUGCGGAGAAUGCCUGAUACGAUGCUACAGCUUGAACUUGACCCUGUUCUGCUCGAAGUUCAUCUGUUCUUGAAACAGUUUCCAACCAGCCAUUGGCAGACAGCGAGCAAUGAUACCCCAUUCCGCAGUAUAAAGACCAUUGUGUACUCGUUGACCAAGAUGUUUGGAACAAAAGUUCUUGACCACUUAAAAUUGGUGGAUGAUCCCCAAAACUCCGAGCUGGUGAGCUUUCUCAAGCGGGUUCUGAAUUCGGUUGAGAGAAGUGCCGGGAACCCUGUAACUGGUGAUGGAAACGUUCCCAAUGGCAUUCCUAUGGCCAAUGGAAACGGGAUAAAAGUGCAUGAAGAUAAGUUGUCGAAUAUUAUGGAACGAGUGGGAUCGUCGAACAAUGAAACAGUUCAGCAGGGCCUGCGAGAACUGUAUGAGUACAAAGAAGCACAUAAAAUCAGCUUGGAUGGAUUUUUGGAACGGACAUCGGCAGAAUUUCAGAAGUUUGUUCACGAUGGUUUGCGGAUGAUUGAGUUCGAAGAGAAAGCCUUAGGACUACCUGGUAGCGGACUAUCUGAGAAAGGUCAAGGGGUCAUCAAUCGCUUCCGGGGCGCGUUAUCAUCCCCUUAUAUGACAGCUCAGGACGUGGAAAACAUUCGACAGACUGCAGAAGAGCUAAAACUGCAAGUUCGAAAUCGCUGCUUCGAAACAGUAGAAGAACGCGUCCAGACCGCUCUCAGAGAAGCUGACAUUAAUAUGAUAAACGCUGAAUCAUCCUCCACUGCUUCGCAGAUGCCGGCUAAUGUGCUAAGUCCUUCGCGUCCGUUGAAGGUUUCCGAUGAAAACAGUCCCAGCUCGCGACCGUCGAACAAUUUGGAUGCCGUCCGAGCGCGUGUCAAUGCUUUUUUGCAAAAAAAAAACACGAAUUAGCUUCGCGGUUGGUCUUCUCUCAUAGUUCCUGCUUGGCUUGAUCUUGGUACUCUAUGAUUGUUGUAUUUAGUUUGCCUGAUAUUGAAAAUUUUCGGGUUUGAAAUUGGACCGCUAUUCAGGGUUUAUAAUUUUGCUUAAGAAUGUUGAAGGCAAUGCA